AUGGGUCUGACAUUGACCCUUACACCACCACUCCUCACGUUCCUCCGCCUCAGCCCACUCCUCAGCACCACAGGGUCCCUCACACACGCGUACAUGGAAUGGCUCACCACAUCAUCUUUCCUCCACGCUGCACCGACCACUUCAGGCCUCAGCAAAUCCGUGUUGAAGUCAUACACCCCAACGACGUCACCUGUAAACGUGGAAGAGCUCGACGCGGCGAAGGAAAAAGUGGCACCGGCGUGGUUCGUGAACUUCUUCAGCCAAGGUGUCUGGAGCGUCAUUGGGCUGAACAGCAUCACGUUACUCUCAGCCACUACGAAUCUGUACUUGUUUCCGGCUGGUCUAGACAAAAACACUCGAUUUUAUGCGCUUGGAUUAUUGGCAGCGGUUACUCACUACGCUUUCGUACCCCUUGUUGUGCCGAGUGUGGAAAGCUUAUUCAAGAAGUGCGCUGUGCAGGAGAAGGGUGAGGAAAGUGCAGAGGCGGGAAAGAGUGCGGUAGAGAAUGUUAGUGAGUGGGUCGGGUAUCACAAAAUCAGGAUGUGUACUGUUGAUAUGGUGGCUUGGGUAUGUUUUGCUGUUGGCGUUGUUGGCGCUGUGACGGCGAGGGGCGUAUGA